CGCUCUUCUUCAUAUAUUUUAUCAAUCUUUUUUUUUUAAUGUUAAGUACACCGAUAGUUUCCCCUCAUCAUCAAAGACAUUCACUGCUACAAAACAUGAGUCAAGACGAUCAGCUGCCUCAUCUCUUAUCUUUAAAAGUAAUGCGUUUAUCACGUCCUCAUCUUACAUCUACCAUACCCAUUUAUUACGAAACAGCUGAAAACUCGCCUAUUAUAGAAGGCCUUGAAUCCUUAAAUAUCAGUGAUCUAACAGCUUCUCAUCCAAUCGAAGAAAAAAGUAAUGGUAUCGAAAUUCGAGAUUUCGGUCUAAGUCAAAUGCUAAAACUUCCUUCUGCAUUUGGCAAUAUUUAUCUUGGAGAAAGCUUUAGCACACUUGUGAGCAUCAACAACGAAUCGCCCUUUGCUGUCCAUCAAGUGGACAUCAAGGUCGAGCUUCAAACCUCAUCACAACGAUUUGUCUUAUCCGAUAUAACUCCUUUAGAUAUACUUAAUACCAAUCAUAACAUUACUGUGUCGCACGAAAUUAAAGAACUUGGUGUGCACAUUUUAGUUUGCUCUGUGCAUUAUACCACACCUGAGAAUCGAAAACGUAACUUUCGUAAAUUUUAUAAAUUUCAAGUUUCGAAUCCUUUGGCAGUAAAGACAAAAUUAAAUAAUAUGUUAGAUGGACGUGUCUUUUUGGAAUCACAAAUACAAAAUGUUUCUGCUAGUCCAAUGUACUUGGAACGUAUGAAAUUUGAACCCUCUGAGCAUUUUCAAUAUGAAGAUCUUAAUUAUGUAGUCGAUGGUAAGGAAUCUGUUUUUGGAGAUGCCUAUAUUCAAUCUCAAGAUGUACGACAAUAUCUUUAUGUGCUAUCACCAAAAGCUUCAAAUAAUGAUCGUAUUUCGAGGACUACAAAUGCGUUAGGGAAGCUAGAUAUCGUUUGGAGAUCUUAUAUGGGUGAUAUGGGACGGCUACAGACAUCGCAGCUUACAAGGAAGGCACCUAUACUAGAGGAUUUAGAAAUACAGCCGUUUUGGUUAGAGGAAGGUCCUGUAAAGAUAAUAUUAGAACAACCUUUCAAAUUAGGUAUUCGUAUUCGAAACCAUUCAAAUGAAAAUAUGAAACUAGUGCUAAAUACAGUUAAGGUGAAAAUGGGUUCAGUCCUGUUAAGUGGGUUAAGUACUAGACAGUUGGGUGAAGUCGGCCCCAAUCAGACAACUGAAACUCAGUUAGAAUAUUUUCCUCUCACACCAGGAUUACAGCGUGUGGGUGGUUUAAAAAUAGUGGACCUCUUAUCAGGUUAUACUAAAGAUGUGGAUCAUAUUUGUGAUAUAUUUGUAUUGUCACACCCAACUGAUACUUUUGAAACAUCUCUGUGAAUAAAGAUUUAUGCAAACUCUAUGUAAGAUAUAUUAACUAAAAAUUAGUUAGCAUAUAUGUAUACAUAUUUUAA